AUGUCUAGCGGACAGCCAGCAGCAAUAACGGGAGUACAUGUGUAUCUUGACUCACCCAUCACACCCAGCUAUCCAGCAGCUAAUGAUGACAUCUCUUUAAACCAGAUUCCCAGUUUGUUUAACUCACCCAACAAGGACGUUAAGGAUUUUGUGAACCCUGUGGCAGAGACCUCUCAACGGAGGGUGUCGGAUUUUGAUCUUGCUGCGUACGGCAAGGAUGAGCUCACCGCGUCUAUGCAGAAAAAUGUCAUGGGACGUAUGUUUUCGGCUUUUGACGUGACCCAGAAGGGCUACUUGGAAGCAGAUAAGAUUGAGGAGUUGUGCAAGUAUCUUGGACGCGAUAUGAGUGCGGAAGAGGUGCAACAGAUGAAGGAAGAAAUCAAUGCCAUUGAUGGGCACAUUACGUUUGAAAAGUUUUGGAGCUGGUGGAUGUCGCACCCGGAGGGAUCAUCAAAGAAAAACUGUUUUUCAACUGUCUCUGCUGAUUUUUCCGUACCGUAUCACCAACAGCAGCUCUUAACAAGAGAGGAAGGCGAACUGUACACGCCGAGCUACCGCGUCCUCUUCCACUUCAAAGACAUGGAGACAGGGGAGACGCGGCAGGUAUCACCGUGGCACGACAUUCCACUCUACGUGCGUUCGCUGGUGAGGACGAAACCCGAGACGGCACCGAUGAAUCGCUACAACUUCAUCUGUGAGAUCCCCAAAUGGACUCGUGCGAAGUUUGAGAUCGCCACGGGGGAGCCAUUCAAUCCCAUUAAGCAGGAUAUCAAAAACGGUGUCCCGCGCUUCUACAAGCAUGGCGACAUGAUGUGGAACUACGGUGCGAUGCCGCAGACGUGGGAAAGUACUGAUGUCAUCUUCGAAGGCGGUGUCCACGGCGACAACGACCCGAUCGAUGCCAUUGAGAUUGGCAUGUCGCAGCUGAGGGUUGGGCAGGUGGAGGCGGUGAAGGUGCUCGGUGUUCUUGGGAUGAUUGACGACAACCAGAUGGACUGGAAGGUGAUAUGCAUCUCACACAACGACCCCAUAUGCCGCUUUCUGAAGGAUAUCCACGAUGUGCCGAAGUUCCUCCCUGGGUGCCUCGAUGCCAUUCGUGAGUGGCUCCGUGUGUACAAGAUCUGCCAGGGUGGUGUGGAGAAUAAGUUUGUCUUCGAUGGAGAGUUCAAGGGCAAGGAAUUCGCAAUGAAGAUUAUUGACGAGUCUCAUUACAUGUGGGGUAACCUUCGAAAGAUUAACCGAAAAGAUAGUGUCUGA